CAAGCGCAACUACCGAAGAGCAAGUAACGGAUGCGUACCGGGCCUGUGUCCAAUCGGCAUAACGGUCAAGCCGUUCUGACUCCGAGGAGAGCAUCCUCUCUUUAUUUAAACUUCUUUCGUAUAGCUCACUUCCGUGUUUUGCUGCCUGUUCGCAAAAGCCUUCAUCUAUUUUUAUUUUCUUCAUAACACAUACAAACACAUCAAGGGUCGGCUCUACGAUGGCCAUGGUGAAGAGCGGUUGGCUCCAUCGACAAAGCACCAUCCUGCGCCGCUGGAAGAGGAACUGGUUCGACCUGUGGGCCGAUGGCCGCCUCGUCUUCUUCAACGACCAGCAGCGCUGCGACAUGGAGGACGAGCUCCACAUGAGGGUCGACUGCAUCAACAUCCGCGGCGCCGCCGCGUGUCCAGAGCUGAACGCGCCCGAGGCGAAGGUGCGCGACGCCUUGUUCCAGAUCGUGUGCAGGGACGGACGGGUGGUCAGCCUGUGUGCGGAGAGCGCCGACGACGCGCUCGCGUGGACGAUGGCGCUGCAGGAUGCCAGAAUCAAUACGGUGAGUUUGAAUGAGACCUCGAGACGCAGUUCAGGAUCUUCGUGUUCAGCUUUCACGCGGGGGGUUUUGUUGUCCUGGUUCCAGGUGGUUUCUACACCUCAGGUCACCUUUGCACAGGAAGUGAGGCCGUCUGCUCCUCCCCCCUACUCAGAUUACGCCCCCCCGCCUCAGGUAAGAGGCUUGACCUGCAUGAACGUGUCCUCGUGCACACAUACCAUUUACACUCGUUACAGACGAGGACAUGUGGAGGAAAGCGUCGUGGUCUCUGAUGCUUUUACCUGGUGUACAUGCGGUGAGACAUCUACGACUCGUAGCUUCGUCUCCAUAGCAACAGGAAGAGGACUGAUGGUGUCUCUCGCUGUCCCCUCGCCUCUCAGCAGGUCUUUGCUCCGGCCCCGUACGGGGACUUCGUGGCGGCCCCCCCGCCGCACGCCGCCCAGAUCGUGUACUCGCCCGACGGGCAGCCCUACGCCGUGGCCUACCCCUACCAGUACCCAGGUGUGUACGGCGGCCCUGGGGCGAACGGCGGCGUGAUGCGGGAGCGGCAGUGGGAGGACGGGGGGGACGUGGCUCUGGGGAUGCUCGCCGGAGCUGCAACCGGUUUGGCCAUCGGCUCCCUCUUUGCCGUCUUCUAGUGAUGGAACCUCCCCCCCCCCGCCCCCUGUUCCUCCCCCCCCUGUUCCACCCCCCCCACGAGGGGGAGAUGCCUGCAUCUAUGAAGGAUGAUUGUGACGUGUUCUAUAUGCACACGCUAAGUACUGUUAGCACUUUCUCAUGUAACAGAGGUCUGAAUAUGAAUGUUAUUUAACCCCAAAGUGUUUAAUGCGCGGAGUGAAGCGUCCGUCAUCUACAGAGAUGUAAUAUUCACGCGAGAUCAUCGGUGCGUCGUCUUUGCUGCAGAGAAUCCCGGUGUUUCCGUUUGCUUGGAAUGAUCCGUUCAUAUUUACACGCGUCAUAUUUCUGCGUCCUCGCCGCUCAACGUCGGUUAAAAACCAACAAAGCAGAACCUCACGACGUCUCUGGAGAAGUACGUAUCUAUAUAUCCACAUGUGUACGGGCUCGCUUUCUGAUUCACGUUCGUUUAUAUGUUUGCAGAAUUAAUGUAAAACUCAUCAAUCUGCGUUUUAUUUGAUUUUGUGCUCACAUCCGUUUACUUUGUUCCACAUGUUCCGGUUGUACAUACACGCCACGUUGCCGUGGUUACCCGAUGUUUGUGGUGGAGGCGGGCUGAGGUGAGGCGGAUGUCCGAUGACAUCAUCACGCCACGAGUCUUUGAAGUGAAGAAGGACGUCGCUCAUAACUUAAUAAGUUUAUCUUUUCUUUGGCAGCUGCUGAGUUCUUUUCUUUCCUUCAAUGUUUUUAUCAUCUCUCGAUGUUUGUUACUUUCCAAAUGUUCUGAUCGGUUACGUUUCCCUCCUAAGACUUGAACAUUGUUUAUUUAUGAGUCUUCAUUAAUAACUUAACUUACUAGGAUCAGCAUUAUUUCAUCACAGCAAAUGAUGAAAUAAACGAGAGUUAACAGAUGUAUUUUCAACAAUUAAAUGUGUUCACAAGGUUCA